AUGUUGUUCCCUAAGGGAGGUUGGGAAUUAGAUAAGUCAAUUGAAGAGGCAGCUUUGAGAGAGACAGAGGAAGAAGCUGGUGUAAGAGGCAAAGUUCAGAAUAAACUGGGUGAAUGGGGGGUUUCAGGAGACAAAGAUAUAACACAAUCAACUGUGAUUGUGGCUGAGGCUAGAGAACUGUGUCAACAUUGGUGGAUGAAAGAAGCACUAGACAGACUGGUUAGACGCUUGAUGCAAUUACAAGAGGAUGACAUAGUAAGAUCACCAAGUUGUUCUUUGAGUGAGAAAGAGACAGCUACUGAGGAAGAGGUAGCACCUUGUGUUGUAUUCUAAGAGAAGGAUAUAGAGAAUGAAGGGGUUUCUUUAGAUCAUUACUUCACUGCCUCUUGGAAGAACAACCCAGCUCAAUUCCUAUGUAGGUAAUGAAGAUGUAACUCUCCUAGGAGCCAGAGCAGAGAUUGGGUGCUGUUCAACAACAAUUGAUCAAGAAAGAUAGAGAAAGACUUGGAAAUGAAGAUGUAACUCAUGGGUUGACCUCUUUGAUUCAAGUACAAUUGUUGUUGGCACCUUCUUGUCAUUUCCAAUUUCUGUGCAGGUUAGAAAGUUUCAAAAUUUGCCUUUCUUUAACUCUUUCUGAUUUCUGGGAAACCCCAACUAAACUGCGAGUUGUAUAUAAAGAUCAAUCAGGUCCACUUUUUUUAUCUAAUAAAAUGUUGAAUUUUCCAUUACAUGAA